AUGCUCGCACACACAUACACACACGACUGGAAAGUCCACCACCAUCUAUCUAUCUAUCUAUCUAUCUAUCUAUCUAUCUAUCUAUCUAUCUAUCGUGGUCAUAUCUAUUACGUGUUCAUAUCUCUUAUGUGCUCAUAUCUACUAGGUGUUCAUAUCUAUUAUGUGCUCAUAUCUAUUAUGUGCUCAUGUCUAUUACGUGUUAAUAUCUAUUACGUGUUCAUAUCUAUUAUGCGCUCUUAUCUACCAGGUGUUCAUAUCUAUUACGUGUUCAUAUCUAUUAUGUGCUCAUAUCUAUUAUGUGCUCAUAACUAUUACGUGUUCAUAUCUAUUACGUGUUCAUAUCUAUUAUGCGCUCUUAUCUACCAGAUGUUCAUAUCUAUUACAUGUUCAUUACUAGGUGUUCAUAUCUAUUAUGGACUCUUAUCUACUAGGUGUUCAUAUUUAUUACGUGUUCAUAUCUACAAUGUGUUCAUAACUAUUAUGUGCUCAUAUCUAUUAUGUGCUCAUAACUAUUACGUGUUCAUAUCUAUUACGUGUUCAUAUCUAUUAUGCGCUCUUAUCUACCAGGUGUUCAUAUCUAUUACUUGUUCAUUACUUGGCGUUCCUAUCUAUUAUAUGCUCUUAUCUACUAGGUGUUCAUAUCUAUCACGUGUUCAUAUCUAUUACGUGUUCAUAUCUAUUAUAUGUUAA